GAUUAGAUAAGACGAGCUAAUCGAUAACGCUCAACACAACAGAAAUCGCAGUGGAAAAAAGUGGUUUAGUUUGAGAGGAAAUUGCGUGAUAUAUUAAAACAAAGGGAAAAGUAAAACGGGUCGAUAUACUCUUAAGAUAUAUCCUUAAUUUUGGUGCUUAAUGAUAAUCUUCGUACGUGGUGUUAAAGGACGCAAUGGCAUCCGAGACGGUUUGUAACGGAAAUUCAACCGAAACCAAAUACCACAAUGGCAAGGCUGUGGAUGAAAACGAUGCCUUGGGUAAUACCAGGUUUCCAACCGCUCAAUUUACAGCCCCUAUGGCUACAGAUCGCAACGAACACUACUACAGAAUGACACAUGAAAAACGUGGCGUCGCCGUUAUCCUAAAUCACGAACAUUUCAGCGCACAAGGAAUGAAACUUCGAACCGGAACCAAAGUUGAUUGUGAAAAUCUUGCUGCCGAAUUGAAAAGGCUUCAUUUUGAUGUCGAGGUUUAUCACGAUUUGGAGUACACCAAAGUUAUUUCACAAAUUGGAAAUCUUGCGAAAAGAGAUCAUUCCAAGAACGAUUGUUUUAUUAUGGUUGUUCUUAGUCACGGUGAAAGGGACGUGAUUUAUGCGAAAGAUCAUUUUUAUAAAGUCGAAACUUUAUGGAAUGCUUUUACCGCGGAUAAAGUUCCAAGUCUUGCUGGUAAACCAAAACUUUUUUUUAUCCAAGCUUGUCAAGGCGAUCAAUUAGACCCCGGUGUAACUUUACAAAGAACCGAAACCGAUGGGGUCGCUUGUUCUUAUAGAAUUCCAGCCCAUGCGGAUUUUUUGAUCGCUUAUUCUACCAUUCCAGGAUUCUACUCCUGGCGAAACACAACUCGUGGUUCUUGGUUUAUUCAAUCGCUUUGCGAAGAACUUCGUCAUAACGGCUUCAACGCAGACAUCCUAACGUUAUUAACAUUUGUAAAUCGGCGGGUUGCCCUCGAUUAUGAGAGUAACACCCCCGAUAUCCCACAAAUGCACGCUCAAAAACAAAUACCUUGCGUAACAUCGAUGCUAACCCGACUGGUUCAAUUUACAAAACGCGAAUAAACAACAAAAAUAAAUUUAAAUCAUUUUUUUUUUUAAUAAAUUUAUAAAUAGGUCGGGUUUAGCGUUUAAUUUUAGUUUUUUUUUAUUUUUAAGUUAUAAGGCGUUAAUGAAUUAACCUAGUGCAAUGUGUUGGUCAAUAAAAAUUUGGAUCUUAAAACAAAAUUAAACAAAAAAAAAAUUUUCUGGAAUAAAUAUAUCAGUACAAAAAAUUAAGGAUGUGAUAAGCAGUACAAGGUUCUUUUUUUAUUGAUUGUUGAAGUAAUAAGAAAAAUUUGAACUAAAUUGAUUUGAUAAAAUUGUUUGGAGUCAAUUAAUUAGAUGAAAAAGUAUUAUUUGCUCAUAUCAUUAAUAUUAAUGUAAUGCUGCCAGUUUUCAUUCCAAUUCUAGAUUAAUUAAAUGAGCCUCAAAAAACAUUUUUUAAAUAUAAGAUUUUAAAAGUAAGUAAUUAAUUAUUAUUGUGGUUGUUCUAACAAAAAAAUCUGCCUUAAUGAACGAAAACUGCCAUAUUUUAUGUAUUUUUAAAUAAUAAUGUUAAAAAAAUAUAACGCCAAUGUCUUUCAACUGAAGAAUUUAAUAUAAAAUAGUUUCUAUUUUAUAAAAAAAAAGUUAAUUUUGAAUUAUUACCGUAUUAUAUUGAAAGUGUUUUAAUAUUUAUAUCAAUCUUAAAAAAAAAAAUUGUAUACUUAAUGUCUAUCUAUAAACUUAAAUGUGUAAUCUCAAAUUCUAUUUCAUAUUUCGUAAUUGUGUAUUUGUCCCAUUUUUUCGUAGUAGUGUUAGAUUUAAAAUGAAAUGUAACUUGUUCGAAACUUUAUGAACUUUUAGGAUUAAGAUUUUUUCCUUUUCAAAUGAUCUUCAUUGG